UACUUACGCAUCGCUUCGGGGCGCUCUUGAACGCAGUCGCCCUAGCACAGCCAGCAGCAACUUCUCCACUUCUCCAGCUGAUCGGUUCUGUUGGUAGCCUUUUGCGUAUGCCAGCCUGCUUUUGUUAAGCUAACGUUAUUUACGCUUGUUUUCAUCUAACUACAGUCUGCAUUCUGUAACUGUUGCUAAUGCUUUAACAACGCUUUGCUUAGCUGUGCGUCUUCAAGUCGGCGAUGGUCAUUACGCUUCGCCCGGUGGGCAGGUUGUUCAUCAUUUUUUAUAUUGCUUUUACUAAAGAAUCUUCAGGCAGUAGCAACGCUUUAUGUACUGCAGCGGGUAAUGGGAGGAGCGCACGCCGCUGGACACAACCGAUCGUGACAAGUUCGCUCCGUUCGCGCUCGACUCGAUGACUGGCCAAGAUGUUUGAUGAUAUCAGCUUAAGAGCAGAUGCUACCGGCGGGGCAGAUUUUAUGAGAAAACUCAUGUCGGUGUCAAUACACUGUUCCACUAGAACCUUUGGUAAUUUCGCAAGGAAAAACAUGCUCCCUGAUGGGUGGAGUCGAGUAGCGCAGUGCAACAGGUAGAAGAAAAAAAAAACGUAUCGGGUUAGGUGAUUUCGCGUAAAAGAAACCGGUCACGACAAGAAACAAUAAAUGUAACCGCAGCUCAUUUUCGUGCUCGUGCAACGCAUAAUUGACGGUCCAUUUUAUGCACGAAUUCUCAAUACAUCGUGAGGUCGCCGUGUUCGCCGCGUGUGGAAGCAGAGUUGAUCGAAUAGAAUCGCCGACCGCCGGAUGUUGGACAACAAAAAAGUAGACACAAUUAUUCUAUUAAUCUUUAAAUUAGACAGCAUUUAACCGCCAGAAGCUGCACCCUCGCUUCAUAGUUCUGCAUAACAGUGUGUGCGUGCGUGCGCGUGUGUGUUGGUGACUGUGAACAUUCAAUUUCUCCGUCGGUAUUAGCCCGGUAUUCUGCGCGUGUGAGUUGGCGGGACGUUAACAGUAUGGCGAGCAGUGUACGACCUAACUCUUGUAAACCAACCCGUGGCCAUAAUCAAACCAAACCUGCUCAGAAAUAACACCAGCGUAGCUUCUAGUAACCAAACAAACCCCCAAACACAUGUACAGGAUCGAGAAGCAGGUGAUACGACUGGUGCCGGAUGCGCGUGCCCUCGAGCCGCUGCUAACGAAUCAGCGCGGCUCGAUCGAGGAAACCGAUCGCAUCUUGCGCGAAAUCGAACGCAUCAACAUUGCGAUGGGGUACAAGAAGAAGGUGGACGUUGCAUUCCCGCGCAGCGGCCAGGACACGUCGGGCUAUUUCUAUCCCCGGCCGGCAUACUUCCCGCCGAGCGUCGCUCAGCUAAAGACACCGCAGAAAGCUUCCAAGGGUAUCGUGCCGAACCCGUUCGCGGCCCAAACGUUCUUCUAUCCGGCACCGUAUCUGCAGCUGCCCAGCUUGGCCACACCGAGAGCAUUCAGAUUGGUGCCACUGCCAGCAGGGCAAGCCGUGGUGCGAGCAAGCAAAGAGCUUCGCUCACCGAAUCAGAUCUACAUACUUCCGAUCAGUGUCCCGGCAGCGGAUGGACGAUCGAGCGAAAUCCGCUUCAUUCCCAGCACGAUCAACUUUGCCUCCUUCACGCCGGUACAGCUGCGCGGCAAGGCACUCGACCUGGAGGGCAAACGGUCGGCUGCGCUCAAGAAGCCGAAAGGCGUGAUGGAGGACGUCGCCGAGGUGGCCGAUGCGGUGCAGAGCACCAAGCUGGAAGAGGAACUGCUGGAAGAGAUCGCCGAAGCGGUCGACUACGAGGAGGAGGAGGACGAGAAGCAGACGGCGGGAGCGCAGGUGGCCGAUGUGCCCGCCGUGCCGAACGACAAAUUCAUGGGCGACCCCGUCAAGAAGGCUUCCAGCGAGGAGGGCGACGAAGAGGACGAAACCGAACCGGACAUUGAGCUGGUGAUGCUGCAGAAGGUGGCCGGCAAGAGCUUCAACAUUUCGAACGUGUUCAACAACUUUACGCACCGGUUCAAUAUCCUCUCGACGACACCAACGACGGAUUUGUCAGGAUCUGUGGCGGCGGACACGCCCCAGGACCUGAAAGAUCUGAAAGAGAAACCGCUGACCGGGGAGGAAGAUCUGCCAGCGCAGGAUAAGGGACCGUUCGGCAUCUUUGCCACGAAGCAGGCGGAUGCGGGCAGUGGGCUCGUCAUUCAGCGGCUCCGUGUGCGCCAGGGUGGAAUUGCGAUUGCCGGGCCGGGCGGUGUAGCGACUGCGGGCAGCGGUGGUACGGCAAUUGUAGGUCCCAACGGGACGGCCAUUACGCAUCCGCGCAGCCUAACCAUUGCUGGGCCGGGUGCGAAAGUGUACGCCGUACCGGAGACGGUAGAUCUGGAGAAGACGAUCAGCGCCUCCAAGCGUAGUCUGCCGCUCGAUGCGGUUCUGGUGGCGAGUGGUCCCGUUGUCUACUAUCGGACAUGAAAUGGGGUAGAGGGGGAGGCCCCGUUGUUGGGCGUAGCAGGUGUGAAGAGAUGUAAAUAGGAUGCUGUACAAAACUCCUUCUCGCGAGCUGCAGGGAAGUGAGCGAAUUGACUUGCCAUGGGUGGCCUACGACGACGAUGGAGGGAAGGCUGCAACACGCAAACGAUGAUUUCAGUGGACGAACGGUCACGGUGGCGACAAAACUUUACCUUUCAAAUAUUUGCUUUGUCAGUGAUUUCGUUUCACUAUAUCAUGCAUUUGUGUCUACAAAAUUGUGUUAUAAAUGAUCACGAAUGAAUCUCACUUUUUGAAGUUGGCAUCCUGAUUUGCCGAAGUUGACAACUUUGUCAGUGUUUUUGUCGCUGCCUGGGCCAGGCGUCUAUGGAGUACCGACUGGACAGGAAGGGUUCAACUUCCAUCGAUUUCUUUAAACUACGAUUGCAGCUAUGUAGCUUUUAAGUGUACUGUGUAGGAAUGUAAGGAUUUUAAAACUCUUUUUUGGAUCUAAUAAAGUGACAAAAUUUUAUUUAUCAAAUGAA